AUGGAUCGCCGCCAUCCGCUUGCACAAAAAGAGCUGGAAGCGCUUAUUGAAGAUAUUGAGGAAAUCUCAGAUUCGGAACCAUUUUCUGCUGACUUCAGUGACAAUUAUGAACCAGAUUCCGAUGAAGAAGCAGGCAGUGAUACGUCCGAUAUGUCUAACUCAGACAUCCAUUUUGCGCCUUCACCACUGGUAACUGUUGGUAGAAACCAUGUUCUUGACUGGGUCAUUCCUGAUGAAAGAUUUGAGCCUGCUAAAAUCCUUCCUCCUGAAAGAGAAUGUAAGCUGGCUCCAGAUAUCACUAGCAGUUGA